GUCCGCUGGAAACAUCAACACGAAAACUGUCGAAUGCGGCAACGCUGGGCGCUCACAAACAGUCCAGAGUGUGGCACAUCGUCGUGCCCUCAUGCCCAUCAGCAACACACCCAAAUGUAUCAUUUAUUUCCGAUAAUCUCGUGAUGUGAAAAGUACCAGUGUCAUUAAAAAGUGCCCCGUCAACAAUGUAACUGUGAGUGAAUGAAGAAAAUAACCUCCAAAUAUGUGGACAACAACUAAAACAACAAAAUACGGAGUCGCCGUUUAUAAUUGGCGGGGCGAUACGAGGUAUGGGCUGCCCCUGGAGAUUGGCGAGACGGUGCAGAUAUUGGAAGAAUGUGCAGACUGGUACCGCGGCUUUUCCACGAAGAAUCGUGCAGUGAAGGGCAUAUUUCCAAGUUCCUAUAUUCACCUAAAGCCAUGCAAAAUAGAAAACGAGGGCCUCUUCGAGUCCGUUAUACCCGUCGAGGAUCCUGUGGUGAGGGAAGUCACCCUCGUACUACGAGAGUGGGGUUCUAUCUGGAAACGACUAUACGUAGAACGGGAGAUAUACAAAUUCAACACACUCAGAAAAGUUAUGAGGGAACUUUUGGAAUGGCGGAGGCAAUUAUUGGCUGGUACACUCACCACAGAUCAAACGCGAGAGCUCAAACUUCGAAUUAUCAACAAAGUCGAUUGGGGAAAUCGAAAAUUGGGGCUGGAUUUGGUGCCUCGUCAGGGCGCUCACAUGGUGGAUCCCGACACGAUGUCCGUGGUGGAGCUCUACCACGUGCACGUGCAGAGCGCGGAGAACUCCCAGGGUGCAUCGGCCCGGGGAACACUGCGCCGCAAGGAGCACAAGAAAGUCCUCACUCAUCACCUGUACUUUUGCAUGCGUGAUUUUGGUCAUUCAGUGGGUGAAGACGCGGAAAUUUACUUCUCUCUGUAUGAUUCACGACGUGGACAGUACCUGAGCGAGAGAUUUUUGGUGAGAAUAUCGAAGGAGGGUUUCUCAAAUUAUGUGGAGAAGUUGCACAGCAAUUGUACGAUAUUCACGGACCUUGGUAAUGCCGAUUUGAGCCGUGACCUGUACGUUAUUGCUCAUGUAAUGCGAUGUGGACGAAUGCUUUACUCGGAUUCGGGUAAAAAUAAAGCAGGAAGUGCCAUUUACAGGAGACCCCAUGGAGUGGGUGUCUUGCCACUGGCUGAGGCUGCACAGGAUCAUGCUGAAGAGUUGGAGAUGACGUUCAAGGUAUACCAGGGCGAAGAAAAAGAGUUCCACCAACUCCACGAGCAGAUUAUUCGCAACAACAAGUGCUCCUCGCUACCAGGUCAACCUAACUACGGAAUAGUAGUUUCGUUGCGUGUUCUCCAUGGAGAGCUUUCACAAGUACGCGAUGAGAAUCCCCUCCUCUUUAAAAACAUAAGCCUGACCCGUAAGCUCGGCUUUCCGGACGUUAUAAUGCCAGGUGAUGUGCGAAAUGACUUGUACCUGAGAUUGGAGAGAGGUGAAUUCGAGCGUGGUGGUAAGUCGACGGGUAAAAAUAUCGAGGUGACAAUGCUGGCCCUCGAUGCUGAAGGACAACCUCUGGAGUCCUGUCUGUUCGGUGCAGCAGGUGCUGAGGGUAGUUCCGAGUACCAGAGUCUCGUUAUCUACCAUCAUAACAGCCCCUACUGGGGUGAAUCCGUGCGAUUAGCAGUGCCAAUAGACAAAUUUUACGGUAGUCACAUUAGAUUUGAAUUUCGUCAUUGCUCGACACGUGAAAAAAAUGACAAAAAAUUAUUUGACUUUGCAUUUGUCCGGCUAAUGGAUCCGGACGGUGGUGCCACCAUUCAAGAUGGCUCACACGAGCUCUACAUAUACAGAUGUGAGGAACGUGCCAAAUUGGAUUCCCUCAGUUAUCUCUCACUGCCAAGCAAUGCUAGAGAACCAAAUUAUCCGGGGAUUCCCCCGUUUACUAGAUCCCCCAAAGAGGCUGUGUUCAUAACUACACUGCUGUGCAGCACCAAAUUAACCCAGAAUGUUGACAUUCUGAGUCUUCUCCAGUGGAAGGCACAUCCUGACAAAAUAUCGGAGGCCCUGGGUAGGGUCCUCAGGCUCGAUGGUGAGGAAUUGGUGAAGUUCCUGCAGGAUAUCCUGGACGCACUCUUCGCCAUGUUCCACACGGAGGACGGAAACUCAACGACGCACUCUGGUCUAGUCUUUCAAGUGCUGGUGUCAAUCUUCAGUCUUCUGGAGGACUCCAAGUUCGAGCACUUCAAGCCGGUGAUGGACGCUUAUAUCUCCGGACACUUUGCCGCUGCCCUCGUCUACAAGGGACUCCUGAGUAGUGUUCAACACUGUGCGGAGUGGGUGACAGCAGCUGAGAAACAGGAGCCGAUCAUGAAGUGCUUCAGAUCGUUGGAGUACAUCUUCAAGUUUAUUAUUCAGAGCAGAUUGCUGUUCGCCAGGGCGACUGCUGGACAGUAUGAGGAUAGCUUCCGAAGGGAUCUUUUCUCGGUUUUUGUGGCGCUCAAUAAAAUGCUCACGUUUCCGUAUGAGAUAGUGCAGGAUUCACAGCGGGCGUUGCUGAUGUCAGUGUCCGCUGUCUUCGAGGAACUCACUCAGCUUCUGCCUGCCAUCGAGGUGGCCAAACUUACGUGUACGAUGUUGGAUUCAAUCCCUCGGGAUCCCCGGCUCCAGCUGAUUCAAGCGAAACUCCUCGCAAUCAAGAAUCUGGUGACAUCGUCUCUCUUCCAGGACGAUGAGAGCCGCAAUCUCCUCCUAUCGACGAUGUGCAGACACUUGAAGACCCACUUGGCUAGGAGAGAGGAGCUCAGAAUGUGCACUGAUAUCCUAGGGGAGAUCCUCAGUUUUCUACAUAAACGAGGAAGGGACACUAACAAAGUUAACAACUGCAUUCAUCACGAUAUAGAAACACUGUCCAUUUCCCUGCUGGAUAUUCUGGUCCAGACGAUCCUAAUAAUUAUCAAUGCAAACGGGCCAGUGCUGGGGUGCCUCGUCGCCUGUCUCAUUGGCCUUCUUCAGCAGCUCGAUGAGUAUCAUUACGCGAGACUCUGGGAGGAGCUGUCCCGAGGGGGAGAGAGAAAACCUCUCAAGGAUUUUCUCCUCAGGGCCUUCCUUGUCCUCAAGGAUCUGGUCCGACAGGAGAUCUUUCCACCUGACUGGCUCGUCAUCAGGAUGCAAGCCAACAGCGUCAUUCUGAGGAGUCUCGAGGAGUUGGCGCAACCUCUCGCCUUCAAAUUUAGACAUGGAAACUUUGACUCGCAAUUGUGGUCCAUGUACUUCAAUCUCGCAGUCGCUUAUUUGACACAGCCAUCACUGCAGCUCGAGCACUUCUCCGAGGUGAAGAGGGAGAAGAUCGUGGAGAAAUACGGGGAUAUGAGGGUCCUCAUGGGCUUCCAGAUACUCUCGAUGUGGUCUAAUUUAGGGGAGAAGAAAUUGGAAUUUAUUCCGGGUAUGGUAGGACCUUUCUUGGAGGUCACACUUGUGCCUGAGAGCGAACUCAGGAAGGCGACUCUUCAUAUAUUCUUCGAUAUGAUGGAAUGUGAGCAGAGGGCAAGGGGAAGCUUCAAAUCCGUCGAGUCGGAACUCAUUGAUAAACUGGAUAUUCUUAUCAGUGAGAACAAGGGGGAUGACGAGUAUCGACAGCUGUUUAAUACUAUGGAGCAUCUCAGUGCUGUGUUAUUGGAUCGAGUGCAGUCCGAGGAUCCAACAUGGAAGGACAGUGGUACCGCAUUCAUUACCUCGGUUACUCGACUUCUCGAGAGAUUACUGGAUUACAGGAACGUUAUUCAGGGAGACGAGAAUCGCGACAAGCGCAUGUCAUGCACCGUAAAUUUACUGAACUUCUACAAAAAUGAAUUCAACCGCAAGGAAAUGUACCUCAGGUACAUAUACAAGUUGCAUGAUCUUCAUCUUGCGGCUGAAAAUUACACAGAGGCUGGAUUUACAAUGAAACUCUACGCCGACCAGUUGAGCUGGGAUGCAACGACACUUCCCGCUGAUCAUGCUCAUCCCCAGCAGCCCGAGUGGCAGAGAAAGGAGGUUCUCUACCAUCAAAUUAUUCAUUACUUCGACAGGGGCAAGUGCUGGGAAAAGGGCAUUCCCCUCUGCAAGGAAUUGGCUGUUCUCUACGAAAAUCGUCUGUACGAUUAUGCUAAACUCAGUCAGAUUCUCAAGAUGCAGGCCAAGUUCCUGGACAAUAUUUUGACGCAAUUGCGACCGGAACCGGAGUAUUUUAGGGUGGGAUUCUACGGACUCAGUUUUCCACUGUUCGUCAGGAAUAAACUGUUUAUUUAUCGGGGCCUGGAGUACGAGAGGAUAGGUGCCUUCACUCAGAGACUUCAGACUGAAUUUCCAAGUGCACAAAUAUUGAUGAAAAACUCACCACCGGAUGAGAGUAUUAUUUCCUCCGAGGGACAAUUCAUUCAGAUUUGCAAUGUCAAGCCAAUUCCCGAGGAGUCGAGCCUCGCCUGUAGCUCCUCCGAAGUACCAGAUCGUAUAGUCGCUUUCUACCUCGUCAACGACGUUCGUAAAUUCACGUUUGAUCGUCCCCUGCAUCGGGGCCCAGUGGACCGUGAGAAUGAGUUUAAAUCCUUGUGGAUUGAGCGAACGACUCUUCUCACCGAGGCGAAGCUCCCGGGAAUAUUGCGCUGGUUCGAAGUUAUCGAGCGUCGAACGGAGCUGUUGGCCCCGGUGCAGUUCGCCUGCGAAACGAUGCAGAACGUCGAAACGGAGUUGCGAAGACUGGUUGCCCAGUACACAGCCGAGCCACAUAGGAACAUCAACCCCUUCAGCAUGCGCCUUCAGGGGAUCAUCGAUGCUAAUGUGAUGGGAGGCAUCACCAAGUACCAGGAGGCCUUCUUAACCCCAGAGUUCUCGAGGCAAAAUCCUGAGAUGGUGCCUCAUGUCAAUAAAUUGAAGAACCUCAUCCUGGAUCAGAUGAGUGUUCUGGAGUCAGGAUUACUUCUUCAUGGGCAGAUAGCACCGGCUGGGGUGCAACCAUUGCACAAACGACUGAUCGAGAGGUUCACUCAGCUGAAGCACGGCUUAGGCUCCCUCACAAGGCAGAGGCCAGUCCACCAAGACAGUAUUAUAAACUCCCCGCUACCCCCUCUUCCGAUCACCGAGAAGCAAAGGCCAGCAACGUUGGAGACAAUUGGUUCGAGGAUAUCACAGGCAGACAGCGAUGGCCUCCCAGAGGACGAGGGUUUCUACACAAGAGUCGAUGGAGCACCUCCACCGAUUCCUCAAAGGGAAGUGAGACCGAGAUCCGUGGGCUACGGCUCGACUCCACCCAGGCCGACCCAUCACAGAACCCUGAGCAAGCCCCUGAGUCCUAAACUGCCCCUGAGGCAUUCCCUUCCCACUCCAACCGAGGGCAAUGAGCAGGCGAGCAUGAGAAGCUCCUGGAGUGAACCUGGACCUGAACAGGCUCCUCCUCUCCCCCCCAGGGGCUGCACCCCCGAUAAAAGGGAGGUGGGAUCUGCACCUCCUGCUCCUCCCAAGAGAUUAGUUCAUAAGAGGAACAAUGAGUGGAGCACUGAGGACGAUGGGGAGGAGGCUAAUGAUCUGAGGGAUAGCGGAAUAUCGACGACGAGUUUGUUGGAUUUCCAGAGCCACUUGAGCCAUUUGAAUAAUCUCAGUUAUGAGGACUUUGAGCCCAGGUCCAGGAGCAAUGAUAUGAUGAAUAUUUCACCGCCUUCUGUGAUAAGUGCACUGAGUAUUUCCAGUGGAAGCUUCGUGGGGACGGGCUUCCAGGGGUCGACGACUAUUCUGAGCCAGGAGUCAAGUCCACCACCUAUUCCACCGAAAGCCAACCAGGACCUACCCUCAGCACCAUCAACCCUGGAGCGCCCUACCAACCGUCUUCACGCAGCUACACACGCUGAAAACUACUCGGUACCCAAACUACAGACCCUCUCCGUCGCCUCAGACACGGAGAGCACCGUCUAGCAUCAUCCUAGUCCUUAGCAGUUAGUCCCACCGUCGAAAUCGCGAACGUAGAUAUUUAAUAAGCUACUUUAAGCUUAAAUAAAUCCGAGUAGGCUUGUCAGCUGCGUAUCCUUCAUUCCAUUGUGGUACAACAGGAUCAUUAACAUUCUCAUCAAGAUCAACAAAUUUUAAAGUCGAUCGCGUAUUUUCCAAAAAAAAAAAACAAUUAUCACACUCAGCGCUGGAUGUUUUUUUUAUUUGAUAUUUUACAUUAGGACUUAUUGUUGUGUAAUCGUCCGUGGAAAAAUGUGCGAAGAGUAUGUAUAAUAUAGGACAUUUUAAUUAUUUGAAUAUGUGUAAGAUUUAUAUAAAAUAUAUGGUAAAUUAAAAUUUAUAUUUUAUAUAAUUUUUAGACAUAAAUCAGGCCAAUUCCGUGUAAAAAAUAUAAUUUUCAGAAUAUAUAUUUUACCAUUUUAA